AUGCCCUUCUUUCAACCUGCCAAGACAUCUAAGCAGAGACACAGACCCUUACGGACUUGGAGACAUUCCUCGGCAGUGCCAAACACACCCGGAGCACUCAACACACAUGCCUGCCAUGGGACGCCACUCCCAGAAGAUGAGCACCCCAGCCGAACACCAAGGCACCUGCAGAAAGCCUCCGCAGCCUCUGACACAUCCCCAGAGCACCAACAACAGCGUGAGGAGCGUACUACACCACCCGCUCCCACGGCAAAUUCAGAAGACUUGUCCACUGCAACAAAGCACAUCCACAAGGUGCA